AUGUCUAAUGGUCAAUCAUUGCAGGGAGUGCUUGACCGUAUCAACUUGGUCUGGCCAGAUCUCUUAGAUGAGGAUUGCAACCCAUUGGAUAUAGUUUUACCUCUUUUAAACAACAAGUCCAUAUCUCCUACUAUUGAUGAGUUUGAGGAACUGAAAUCACAAUUUACUAGAAGCUUGCAGCAGGCAGUAAAUUCUAACUACAUGGCUUUCAAUGACAGUAUUGGGUCGUACGGUAUUUCUGUUGAAACACUAAAACAAUCUCAAGAUAGACUAUCUGGUAUCAAAAAAUCAAUGGGAACCAUUGAUGAAAUGAUCAACACGCCUUCACGUAUUCUGGCUGAAUUGAACGAUAAAAGAAUGGAACAUAUUCAGACUUUAGAACUUUUGGGGAAAAUAAACGAUGUCAAAAAGAAAUUGGAUAUUCUUGAAGAUUUAAUUGGAAACAGAGAUUUUAGCAAAGCAGGUGAGUUAGUGAAUGAAAUAAUGGAAACUUCAAACACAAAUAGACUCUUUGAAAUAGAUGCCUUGCAAGAGCUACAAAUGAAACUUAACUCUAAUAUUGCAUUACUUCUUGACGGACUAGUGACAGAGAUGAACAACAUUAUUUACUUGAAGGACUCGACGCACAUUGAACAAAUACAGUCCGGCAGUUCUGUUAAAAUUUCAACACACAAAGACCUGUUGGAUUUUGUCAAAUGUUUACAUAAUGAAUCUCUUGAAGGAAAUGAAGAAAUCACUGCUGAGAGGGGAAACUACUUGACUUUGAGCAAACUAAUUAAACAAGUCCAGGCUAUCAAUAAGGAAAGUGACUGUUUGUUGAAAUUAAUUGAAGGCAGUGAAAGAGAAAUCAAAAAAGUCAUCAAAAGAUGUAUUGAAGAAGUGAAAAAAAUGUACCCAUCCCAAAUUGAAAUGAACAUGUCCUUGUAUUUAAACCACGAACUGGAUUCAUUCUCAUCGUUCAAUCUUCUUCGAGGAAUGAAUGGAACCAUCAUCAAAGAAGUAUUUGAGAGAAUUUUUAGCAAGAUGUUGUAUGUUCUUCAAAGACAUGUAGUCAUUUAUGAAAUUUCCAAGAUUGAUGGUUACAGGUACAAGCUUGAUAAAGUAUGGAGAGAUGUCCAGAAGCAACUGAGUUUGAUCUUGUUUAAUUACGUAGUUGAUGAGAAUUUAUUAAACAGCUUGGAAGAACUUGAUUUAAAGGCUGGUAAGAAGAAAGAUGAUUCUCCAUUUAAAAAGGCACCUAAACGCAUUGGAGAAAGUGAAACUAAUACGAUGUUUAAAUUUUCUGAGCUUUCUACAUCUUCAAUCUCAGACAGUUUAUCAAUUAUUUUGAAUAGAAUUUAUAGGGGCAAAAGCGAAGAAGAUGGUGUACUGGCCGAUUAUUCAAUAGACUCUAAAGUUGAUGGCUCCAUAUUCAUUGGUGUUGAAGAUAUUAAUAACAGCAGAAACAUUUUGGUUCCGCCAAACAUCUUUAACAUGGCAUAUAUUAUCGACUCAUUUAUUAAAUUUACCAAUGAUCUAGCAGUUGCGUUUUCAGAUAAUCGAACUAACGAUGCUGUUGAUUUUUUCAACCAAUUCAUGGAAAUUGUUUUUGUUUCUCAACUGGAAAAUACGAUAACCUAUCAAUUUGACAAAAUCUGUGAAAAUAGUUGGAAAAUCAAUAACUUGCUGAACGCUUCUAUUUUAUUGCAAAAGUUUUUCAACAAGAUGCUGGUGGUAUUAGACACGUCUUGCUACUAUAAGAAAUCAUAUGUUUUGAUCAUAAUGAAACUAUUAUACAAAGUUACUGACCAAUUCAAGCAAAUCAAGGAUGUAUUGUUGAAAACGAACAAAACCAAAAUCCUUAAAUCAUGGAUUGGUGAUUCAAAACUAAAGGCCAUAUCUAAUGACAUUGUUGAAAAAUUAUUGAAUAAUGGAGACAUGAAAAGUUUAGACUUUUUAAAUUCUAAAGAACUAUCGUAUUCUUUAUCCAUUGGCGGUAACUAUGUUCCAGAAAUUGAUCCCUGUUCCUUUUUAUCUUUGGAACACAUGAGGUCAUUGGUUGAUCUUUUAGCAUCACUUUCCAAUAUGCUCAGUUGGUUGCCUGGCUUAAAGAGAGAGGCAACUGAUAAUGCUGAUAAUGUUGGCUUAACUCGAACAUUAAAUGAAACUUGGACCUUGAGCGUUUUCAAUGAUGAUGAUCUUCCAUUAUCUCUUAUCAACUUGAGUAAGGAGUAUGAAGAUGACCAUACCACUAUGGUUUCGCAAUAUGGCGAUAAUUCGAGAAUUCAAGCUUUUCAUUAUUUGACCUUGGACGCAACGAUGUCAAAAAGUUUUGACAAUCUGAUUGAAAGUAUGAAACAUCUAAUGAAUGAAGUGGAGAUCUUAAUCAGGUAUGAAAUCAGAGUGGAAUGUAUCUGGUGCAUGAUACAAAUGAUGCUGAAGAAGCAAUGGGAACAAGAUGGUAAUGAAAGCGUUGACAUUGGUGUAGACAAAUUUUGUGACAGGAUCAAAAACAUCAGUAGAAUUUUCAACAAGGUCAGUAAAAACAUUGUCAAUAAAUCGAAAGAUGAAGUCAGAAUUAGAAUUUUUGGGGGCCUUGAAUUUUGGAUUGAUAAGUUGGCAAUAUUUGAAAGCCGUAGAAUUGAAGUUAUGGGGAAAAGUGGAUGGAUGAAAAUGAUAGUGAAUUUGAGGGUCUUACAGCAAGUUAUCAAGAAUAUCAAUAACGAUAUCGAUUCGCAAAAUAUUGAUGAUGAAAGGUCUUACACGACGAAUUUGAUGAACAAUUCAUUAAGGUACUUUGCUAUUGGGAGUGAGGGUGAAUCAUUUGUUCUUAAUAUCGACAAUCUUCUUCAAGAAAAUCUAAACUUCACUGAUGACGAUUGGAAAAACCUACUUAGGUUGGUGUUCAGUGAAAAGCUAAAGAAAGAUCCUGCUGGAAACACCAACAAGAAGUUUGUGGCUGCCCAGGCUAGGUUGUUAAAAGGUCUGGCGCCAAAGCAAAAAAAUGAGCAGUAA